AUGUCUUCCGCAACUCCAAUCGACAAGAAAAGACGUUGGGCAACUGACAAUGCCGAUACAUCCACACCAAACGUUUCACGCCCUCCUCUAAAGAAACGAUUCACAGCCAACGGCUCCAUUGGUAUCAACAAUGCGUCCCAACCAUCCUCGACAGCAGUUGCUAGCACUUCUUCACAACCUUCCUCCAGCGAUCCUUCCACAUCAGCCAAUCGCCCAACAGACGAAGAACUCAAUUUGGACUAUCGUGGGCUAUCAAGGGACGGUUUGCUGAAGCAAAUGCGAAAAGCCAAGGAUGACUACCUAGCUGUGGAACAAGCUGUUGCAUCUUUGGAGGCUGAAGGGAACGAUUUCGCUGCAAGACGUAGCAUGAUUCGCUUUGAAUGGGCCAUGAUCUUCAACCAAUUAUCGCUUAUUGGCAAAGCAUUGGGCGUGGCGAAUGUAUCAGAGAUGGAGUUGCCAAAGGGGAUUGAAGAUGUUCGAUUACUGAGUGAGAGGUUACAAAGCGCACAAGUGGCCACACGAUCAACAGCAAAGGAUAUUGUGGAUUUGGCACAACGAUGGAUGAGCAGGAAUGAUCGCGUACAUGAAGAGUACAAUCAAAAAACUGAUCAUUCGGAAAUGCAGCACGUGUUGAUGGAUUGGAUUCGCCAUGAAGUACAAGACUUGUUGUCAUCCUAUGAAAAGACCCAAGUGCUCGUCAAAGAGAUGGAUCAGCAACACAAUACGAUUGUCAACCUUGCAGAAUCUGCGACUCAAGAUAUUCACAAUGCUGAGGAGCAACUUGAAAGGGCACAAAAUGCGUUGGAUGAAUCUAUGGAUAAAUUGGCUCAAAUCGAGAAACGGCAUGAUCGAUCAGAGAGUGCUGCUGUGGCUGCUUUUUUGAAUGCUCAUCCUGGUGCCAAAGCUACUUUACAGCGUGACACUCCUACCAGUAAUUCUCCCGCUACGACAACUCAAGAGAAUGAGCCAAAGAAUACACCUACGCAAGAAACGGAUGAGCAGACAGCCAAAGAGUAUCAAUUGAUUGUGGAUGCACGUAGCAGAGAACUUGACGACAUGCAACGAGAACGACAACAGCUCAUUGAACAAACCGAACGACUACGAGGCAAAUUUCUUGUGUUGACGGAUGAGCAAUUGAUGGCUACUGAGUACUUUAAGGUGCUGCAACUCUCCCUGGAGCAUUACAAGUCGCGCGCACACUAUUUGGAGGAUAUCAGAUCACAGCUUCAGUAUGACAUGGAUGAAGUUACUUCAGAACGUCGAAAGGUUGCGGAUGAAAUCAAAGCAGAAAAGGUGUCUCAGGGAAUGACAAUGGAAGGAGAAAUGCGGAGGCUGGAGAAUGAUUUGGCACGUAUUCGCAAGCAAAGGGACGAUUUUCAGCGUGUGGUGGAUGAACAUAGAGCCAAAAAAGACAAGGAAAAAGAGCUGCAUGAUGCUAUUGUAGCUGAGGUUGAGAAGGAAGCAAAACGCAUGAUGGACUUGGAACGACAAUUAUCAGAAUUACGAUCAUCCGCCCAAUCAUCGAUCGGCAUCAAGGAUGGACUCUUUACAGAUCUUAGUUCAUCGUACGAGGAUAUAUACGCAAAGAUAUCUGACGCAAAGGCGAUCCUAGGACUCCUUGCAGAAAAGGAUGAAAAGCAGCUUAGUGCCGAACAAGAGACAUUGCAAAGUUACCAGGAUCAGUUCUCAGCGUGGAAAAAGGCCGUUGACAGUCGACAAGACAUAAGCACCUUGAUCAGCAAGAUUGAUGAUAAGAGCAAUGAGCAAGAAAGGACAAACCUGAUGAUACAAUUCUAUGCGGAUAAUGAAGCCCAAUUGAUGACACAGAUUGAUCGUGCUGGUGCUAUAUUUUCAAAGCUGGAAGAGCAAAACUCCAAGUCUGAAGUUGGUCUCGCACACAUGGAGGAACAACGAUCAAGGCUACAAGCCGAGAAAGCCAAAUUUGCACACACAUUUAGCUCUCUAAAGGCAGCCAAGGACAAGCAAAUGGGCAAUGUUGCGGCAUUACGUCGAACCAGUGAACAGCAGCUAGACCAUAUUCGACAAUUGGAGGAUCGUGAAAGGAGUCUUGAUUCGCAAGUCGCUGAGAAGGAAGAUCAAGUGCGAAAGACUGUACAGACCUUGGAGGAGCAUCGUAUAAGUGUGGAGGACUUGCAACAGCAAUGCAGCGAAAUUCGGAUAUCUUUGGAGCACAAUGACACGUUACUGCAUGAGCUCCAAAGGAUGGUCAAAGACAAGACCCGGGUUUUGGACGAGGAGAAACAGCUCCGUAAACGUGUGGAUGAAGAAUUUGAAAAGAUGCAGCGCAAAUGGAAUGCGAUAUCACAAAGCGAUAGCGGUGUACAAGACCAGCUGGCGGAAGAAUGUGAAAACUUAAGGGGCAUGCUUAAAUGCAGUGCUUGUCGUACUCGGUUCCGGAAGAAGAUAAUCACUCGUUGUAUGCACACAUUCUGCCAAGAUUGUAUUGAUAAGCGACUCGAGACUCGUCAACGGCGGUGUCCAACGUGUGGUGAAUCGUUUGGUAGUGGUGAUGUGCGCCCUUUUAUCUUGUAG